AUGGAGAAAAGGAACAAUCGAAAUCGCCGCAUGGAUUUCGCGAGUUUCCUCAAAGCGUUGUCGAUAAUUUUCGAGAUUGUGCAAAGAGGUGAAAUCGAUGUAAACAAUGUCAGAGAUUUGUUUUCCGCACUUUCGCCAAUCAUAAGCAGAGAAGCCAGAAUGAUUCGGACUGAAGAUUGCAAGAUGCGAAUAUUAUGUGAACUCGCUGCUUCCCCUCAAAAGUUCUUUCCCGUCGGAGAGAUUUUUAUGCGAGAAAUAAGCUCUCUGCAUCAAGUGACUCGGACGGAUACCAAGGAAGGCAGAUUGCUGAAUUUCUUGAAUGCAGCUGAAGCCGGUUUCAAAGCCAAAAACCUCAGCCAAUGUGAAGCCACGUUCCGUAACUGUGCCAUUGGUUGCAGCGACAUCUUUGACCUGCGGAAGCUUCGUCUGAUUUCUCUGCUGGAUCAGGAGAUGGAACCGGUGUCUGAAAUCCCUGAAGUUUUACCUCAAAAUGACCACGACGUCGAUGAAAUCCAACCAGCAGCACUGAAUGCUCUGGAGGAAACUGCUGAAAAUGAGGGAAAAAAACGCAAUCCAGGAAUUUACGAUCUUGCAGAUCCAGCACAAGUUGCGGAAUACCAGACGAUAUUGAAUGCUUCUGCAACAGUCGAAAACUGCGGAAGGGAGAACGGUGGGAACCGGAUCUUGGGGGGUUGGCAGGUUGCGAACCAGGGUUACUACCCUUGGAUUGUCCGAUUAAGUUCAGGCUGUGGAGGUACCUUGGUCAGUGACAGAUGGAUCGUGACUGCAGCGCAUUGCGUCACAAUGACUUCCCUAGUUCUGACUUUCUUGAGGAUUUCAUUCAUCUUCUGCUCUAAAACAGUGUUCCCCAACCCAUGGUCCAUGGAAGAGAUGGAACCGGUGUCUGAAAUCCCUGAAGUUUUACCUCAAAAUGACCCCGACGUCGGUGAAAUCCAACCAGCAGCACUGAAUGCUCUGGAGGAAACUGCUGAAAAUGAGGGGAAAAAACGCAAUCCAGGAAUUUACGAUCUUGCAGAUCCAGCACAAGUUGCGGAAUACCAGACGAUAUUGAAUGCUUCUGCAACAGUCGAAAGCUGUGGAGGCACCCUGGUCAGUGACAGAUGGAUCGUGACUGCAGCGCAUUGCGUUACAAUGUACACUUCGCCAUCACAGCUGUCCAUCAAAUUCCGAGAGCACCAGCUGUUUGCACCGGAUGUCGGGGAGUUCCAAGUUCAAGGCAAGACGAUUUUGUACUACUCCACUCUGUACAACCCCUCUGGUUUGGCCUAUGAUAUCGCCUUGGUGGAAUUGUCUGUUCCCGUUACCAUCACCGGAGGCUCGUACAUCCGCCCCGCUUGCUUGAUUGCCCAGGGCUUCGACACGAAUGGAUUCACCGGAGUUCCGAUUGGCUGGGGAAUUUACAUUAAUGGGUAUGGAUCCCAGGCCCCAGUGCUGCGUGAAACCAGGGUUUCCAUCAUCAACAGAAACAAUUGCCUUAAGGCUGGAGGAGUUCCCUCAACCACUCACAUUUGCGGAUACACGAAAGGAGCAGGAAUUUGCUACGGAGAUUCCGGAGGACCUCUAACGGUGUUAUCAAGUGGAAAGCAUUACUUUGCUGGGGUCACUUCAGGAAGCUUUGGCGACAAGCAAAACAACAUCUGCAACACCAAUGUGCCACAGUACUUCACUCAGGCCACACAUGUAUUCCCAACACCAGGCAACACGCGUGGCAAGGUUGGGUUGACAUCUGGUUUACUGCAAUGCGGUGAACUGGGUGCAAGAUUAGAACCAACUAAUUCCCAAAGCAGCAAAGGCUACAAUGUUCCAAAGAAAAUUUUGGCAUUGCAUGUAUUGCGCAAUGCCCACAAAGAAAAAGAUAUGAAUAAAAUGCACAAUCCGCCCGGGAACAGGGCAUAUGAGAUGAAACCAGUGUCUGAAAUCCCUGAAGUUUUCUCUCAAAAUGACCUCGAAGUCGGUGAAAUCCAAACAGCAGCACUGAAUGCUUUGGAAGAUACCGGUGAAAAUCAGGAAAAGCAACGCAAUCCAGGAAUUUACGAUCUUUCAGAUCCAGCUCAAGUUGCGGAAUACCAGACGAUAUUGAAUGCUUCUGCAACAGUCGAAAACUGCGGAAGGAUAAACGGGGGGAUGAACAGGAUCUUGGGGGGUUGGCCAGUGGAGAACCAGGGUUUCUACCCCUGGAUUGUCCGAUUAAGUUCAGGCUGUGGCGGAACCGUGGUCAGUGACAGGUGGAUCGUGACUGCGGCGCAUUGCAUUACA